GCUUUAGGUCCUGAACUCCCUCUCCCGCCCAUGGCAGGCCUUGUGACCAUGGGUGCUAGCUUCCUGCUCCUGGCCCUGUGUGCCCACAACAUUGCCCCUACAGGCUCCGUGACCAUCCCCUCUUCCUGCUGCAUGUCCUUCAUUUCCAAGAAAGUUCCCGAGAGCCGAGUGGUUAGCUACCAGCUGUCUAGUGGGAGCGUCUGCCCCAAGGCAGGUGUGAUCUUCACCACCAAGAAGGGCCAGAAGUUCUGUGGCGACCCCGAGGAGCACUGGGUCCAGAAGUACAUGAAGAACCUGGACGCCAAGCAGAAGAAGGUGUCCUCGAGGCUCAGGGCGAUGAGCAUCAAAGCCCUCGUGCAGAGGCGCCCUGCAAACAGCACGGCCAUCUAACCACCGCUGGGUCCUCAGCUCAGGGCCUGUGCACCAGCAGUGAGAGCAGGAGAGCUCAUGCAUCCUGGGCCCCUUGCCUUCCCUCCCUGAGCUGGAGGAGAAGGUGCUGGAAGGAAGGUGGUGGCAGCCAUCCAUCCUCCCCCGGGGAAUAGGGCUGGCCCUUCCCCGCUUCCAGGCACUGUCAGAGCCCAGGUGCCUCGGCCCCCAGCCCCCCUGCAGACAAACGCGGCUUCCGUCUAAAAGCUUAGCCUAGAGCUGGCUUCUUGGGUCAUCUGGUCUUGCAGAGGAACCUGUGGGCGGGCUGUCUGUGUGUCUGUCUGGGUACGGGCGACCUGUCAACAGCUGAGCCUCUUCAUCACUCUACAGAUGCCCUGAGCCUGUCCCACUUCCAGAAUCCCGGGUGAAUAAAAACCCAGCCAUAUACACGGCUCCUUUCCUGCUCGCAGUGCCAGAUCCUGGCCUUCUUCACACACGUCUCGUGGGAUGUAAUUAGUGAUGUUUUCAGGGACUCUGGUUUCUGUGACCUGCAGGAACAGGAUAAGGCACCAGCCCGGGUAGUUUCGUUCCUUUGGGAAGAAAGGGUUUGGGGGAGGUGUUCUGCUUUACGGAAUGGGUUGCUCCAUGCUUCUCUGGGAUCAAGAUCUGCUCUGCCUUUAAAGCUGGUUCUUUCCCUAUAUUUUAGGAAUGGGAGGAUGGAGUUGGGGCUCUGGUAGGAGAAGGGUUCCAGAUUUCUCCCCCCAUGUAUGAGAUACCGUGUGAUCUGUGUGUCAAGAGUGCAGACACACUUGUGCUUCUCAAAUAACAAUCCAAAUAAAACGUGAUAUCUCCUUUGAA